GCCAGCGACGGCUCCAUGCCUCCCCGCUCCCGGAAACCCGGUGGGAUCGGCCCCUUCCAGCCUCCCGCCCCGCCCCGCCGCGCCGGCGCAGCCGCCCGGGCCGUGCGUGGCGUGGCCGCGGUGGGGGCGGUCCCGGCCCGGGUCCCGCUCCCGGUGCCGGGGGCGGCGGAGCGCGGCAUGGGCGCGGUGUGGGGGCGGCGGGCGCUGCGGGCCGGGCUGGCGCUGGGCGCGCUGGCGCUGCUGCUGCAGGGGCUGCGCGGGUGGCUGGCGGCCAAGCGGUACGAGUUCACCCCCGCCGAGAUCGCACAGCUCGCCCGGCACCACGCGGGGCUGGACCAUGAGCUGGCUUUCUCCAAGAUUAUUGUGGAGCUGCGAAAGAAGCACCCAGGCCACAUCCUGCCAGACGAGGACCUGCAGUGGGUGUUUGUGAAUGCAGGCGGGUGGAUGGGCUCCAUGUGCCUGCUCCAUGCCUCACUCACCGAGUACGUGCUGCUCUUUGGGACAGCUGUCGACACCGGGGGACACUCAGGUCGCUACUGGGCAGAUAUUUCUGACACCAUCAUCUCGGGGACAUUCCGGCAGUGGAAGGAGGGGACCACCAGAAGUGAGAUCUACUAUCCAGGUGUCUCCAAUGACCAGCAGAGAAGAGAUGACUUCUGGACACAGCAAGUUCUGCAGAUUGUUGGUGCCUCUGCCUCUUCUUCCUGUGCCUCCUCAUCUGUUCCCAAGUCCAUGCUGGCCUGACCCAGUUGCCUGUAGCUUUGCCAUCACUUGGUUCUCAUGAAGAAACUGAGGAACAAGUUGGAAGCUCAUCUACAGUCACCCAGCUGCAGCACAACCCCUGUGCCAGGGCCAGGGCUUGCCCCUUUCCCCCUUGGCUGCCCAGUGACACAGUAUCCUUCAAAAUGCCCACAGGCAGCAGGUACUCCUUGGAGAGACAGAAGAUAUGACCAGCACACACUGGAAAUGUGCACCCUUUGGUGUCCAGAGACCAGAUGGGACCCCAGGACACCUCAAAGGGCACCAAGCACUUAUGGAGAGGCUGGAGACAGGCAAGGAGAGUCAGCCAUGGGCACCUGCACCCCGGGUCUGGCUCUACCCCAGUCCUGGCUGAAGCAACCAUGAGUGUCAUCUCCCCAGAGCUGUCACCAGGACAAAUGCAGAUCGCUGCCUUCCUAACACCUUCCCCCUGCAACUUGCUUUAUCUUGCUGUCCCUCCACAUGCAGUGGGUAUUGAUCAGCCUGCAGGAUCUAUCUCUCGAUUCCUCCUGUGGUAUCUCUCUGCUCCAAGUAUCUCUCACUCUGCUCCGUUGUCUGCCGUGCCCAUCUAUACCUUCACUAUCUAUCUGUGCCGCCUCAGCUGCAGCCAUCAAUAGCCAUUUGGGGAAUUUCUCUCCAGCUGGGAGCAUCACCAGACCCCAUUGGUGCAAAAUGCUGAGCAGCGGGGCAAAGGGGACACAGUCCAUCUUGCUUGCCCCGAGGAGAGCCUGACAUACUUCAUGACACACGUGCAGAACCCCAGAGCUGCUGUUAUCACUGUGGAGGUUCUAGAGAGGAACUGAGUAGGACAGGUCCCUUGGUGGCCAUGCCCAAGGCAAUGGGAGAUGCUGCACCCUCUGGAGAUGUUGCCACUAGCUGGCCUGGGUGCUAAACUGACCCAAGCACCCCAACCCCUCUGUCUUGGAGAAGGGGAGUUUCCCCAAACACUUGGGCUCCUGUUGGGCCAUGGAGAAGUCACCAUGUCUGUCUCACCCCACCCAGUCCAGCUUUCAGUGUGUAGGGGAUAAGACACAGCCCAGAGCAGAGGGUGCAGCACAGUGGGGUGCAAGGCAGCAGCACUGGGAAGGGAAGCUGGAACCAUGCGACAUAGGAUCCUGUGCAGUGAAUCCUGACGGUCAUCUGGCCCUGUGGAUCCUUCUGAAAUAGGGCUAGAUCUCGUCUUCUCAGUGGCAAUUCAACAAGAGUGCCACACUGACUAGCACUCAGAGGGGCUGGCAAGCACCAGGAGGUCCCUGACUCUGCUGCGGUGGGAUGGGAUGGGCCAGCGCAAGCUACAGCUGUCCAACCCUGAAAUAGGAUGGCCGACAGCUAAUUUAUCUCCUGUGCAAAGAUAAACAGUGCCUGGGGGCCCUGCAGGGUCAGAAGCUGCCCUGCGCUUCCAGGGAAUGGUCUUAUUUUUCCAGGAGCACCUCCCUGGUGAGCAUGGUGCACUAUGUCAAAUGCUGCUGAGGUGCCAGGAGCUUAAGAAGCCCUGAGAAUCACCAGAGCCAUGUGUUGCCCUGAUUCUUAAGAUUUUCUAAAACUUUCUGAGUUUACAUUCUUGUAGAGAACUUUCUCACACAACUUUCUGUAAACAACCUAUUGUUUUACAUUCCUUCUUAGAGGCGGAAAAAUUUGAUAUACUAGUAGUUUGUCCAGUGUCGUUAGAGAAGUAACACGUUCACCCUCCAAUCCACUGUCACCUUUGGAAAAGUAUAAAUGUUGGAAUCAAAAAUAAAACUUCCUCUUUUUUACCUUUA